GUCUGCUACAAUGACCAACAGUGUGGUUGCGACCGACUGCUGCGCGCACAACUGUGCAGUUGCUAACCAAUGACAAUCGGAGGAAAUAUUUCGGAGUAUAGAUUCCCAAGCAGCCGUAUUUAUACACAACCUACACAUCAUCAAACCCUUUUGCAAUGCCUGUCAGAACGCUUGGUUGUCCGUGAGCGAGAAGAUGCGUUGGUAUUCAAAGCCGUAUACCUGUAGGACAAGUCAUGGACUGAACGGGCUUUUGGACUCACUUGUGGAAUUUUAUGCUUACCCGUGGCACGAUGCCUUAUCUGACUAAACCGCUGUUUUUACUCUUCUGUUUGGUCGUUACCGGGGAAUGCCGUAGGCUUGGACACCGAGUACGGAGAUGGACGGAAACCGUGGAGACGGCAAAGCAUGGACCAGAGACCACAAAGCAUGGCCCUUCCUUGACAAAGAAACCUCCAGAUGUGACCAAGAAUCGCAAGCUGAAGACAGAGCAGCUUCUGAAAGUAGAUGAUCAUGAUUUCACCAUGAGGCCGGCAUUCGGAGGCCCUGCUAUCCCAGUCGGGGUGGACGUACAGGUGGAGAGCCUGGAUAGCAUCUCAGAAGUAGACAUGGACUUCACCAUGACCCUGUACCUGAGACACUAUUGGAAGGACGAGCGUCUGUCCUUCACCAGCUCCACCAAUAAGAGCAUGACAUUUGACGGGCGUCUGGUCAAGAAGAUCUGGGUGCCCGAUGUGUUCUUCGUCCACUCGAAGAGAUCCUUCAUCCAUGACACCACCACAGUCAACAUCAUGCUCAGGGUCUUUCCCGAUGGACACGUUCUGUACAGCCUGAGGGUGACAGUGACAGCAGCCUGUAACAUGGACUUCAGCCGCUUCCCUUUGGACACCCAGUCCUGCUCCCUGGAGCUAGAGAGCUAUGCAUAUACGGAUGAGGACCUGAUGCUGUACUGGAAGAGUGGGGAUGAGUCCUUGAGUACGGAUGACCGUAUCUCCUUGUCUCAGUUCCUCAUCCAGAAGUUCCACACCACAUCUCGGCUGGCCUUCUACAGCAGUACUGGCUGGUACAACCGUCUGUACAUCAACUUCACCCUGCGGAGACACAUCUUCUUCUUCCUGCUUCAGACCUACUUCCCGGCUACCCUCAUGGUUAUGCUGUCUUGGGUGUCCUUCUGGAUCGACCGCAGGGCCGUCCCAGCUCGUGUCUCUCUGGGUAUCACCACAGUGCUCACCAUGUCCACCAUCAUCACUGGAGUCAACGCCUCCAUGCCCAGAGUAUCCUACAUCAAAGCAGUGGACAUCUACCUGUGGGUCAGCUUCGUGUUUGUCUUCCUGUCUGUCCUGGAGUACGCUGCUGUCAACUACCUGUCCACUGCACAGGACCGCAGGGAACGCAAGAUGAGAGACGAGAUGAGGGAAAGGGCCAGGUCACAGUCGCUACCCUGCACCUGUGGCAUGUCCCAGACCAGGACCAUGCUAUUAGACGGGACCUACAGCGAGGCGGACACUAACAGCUUGGCCGGCUACACCUCAGGAACUAUGGGGCCCGAGGAGGACAUGGAUAUGCCCCGCGACAUGAUGACUGAGAAGCAGCCUCCUGGAGAACACACAGUGGUCCACCUGUCUGCUAGCAGCGAGUCAACGACAACCAAGAAGAAAGGCAUCAGGGCCCUCAAUAUUAUCCAGAAUACACACACCAUCGACAAGUACUCCAGGAUGUUAUUCCCUGGCUCCUAUAUCCUAUUCAACAUAAUCUACUGGUGUUCAUACUGUUUAGGAGCAUAGGGUCUACUGUAUAGGAGCGUAGGAUCUACAGUUUAGGAGCGUAGGGUCUACUGUAUAGGAGCGUAGGGUCUACUGUUUAGGAGCGUAGGAUCUACUGUUUAGGAGCGUAGGAUCUACUGUAUAGGAGCGUAGGGUCUACUGUUUAGGAGCGUAGGGUCUACUGUUUAGGAGCGUAGGAUCUACUGUUUAGGAGCGUAGGAUCUACUGUAUAGGAGCGUAGGGUCUAAUGUUUAGGAGCGUAGGGUCUACUGUUUAGGAGCGUAGGAUCUACUGUUUAGGAGCGUAGGGUCUACUGUUUAGGAGCGUAGGAUCUACUGUUUAGGAGCGUAGGAUCUACUGUAUAGGAGCGUAGGGUCUACUGUUUAGGAGCGUAGGGUCUACUGUUUAGGAGCGUAGGAUCUACUGUAUAGGAGCGUAGGGUCUACUGUAUAGGAGCGUAGGGUCUACUGUUUAGGAGCGUAGGGUGUACUGUAUAGGAGCGUAGGAUCUACUGUUUAGGAGCGUAGGGUCUACUGUAUAGGAGCGUAGGAUCUACUGUAUAGGAGCGUAGGAUCUACUGUAUAGGAGCGUAGGGUCUACUGUAUAGGAGCGUAGGGUCUACUGUAUAGGAGCUUAGGAUCUACUGUUUAGGACCGUAGGGUCUACUGUAUAGGAGCUUAGGAUCUACUGUUUAGGACCGUAGGGUCUACUGUUUAGGAGCGUAGGGUCUAAUGUUUAGGAGCGUAGGGUCUACUGUAUAGGAGCUUAGGAUCUACUGUUUAGGACCGUAGGGUCUACUGUUUAGGAGCGUAGGGUCUAAUGUUUAGGAGCGUAGGGUCUACUGUAUAGGAGCGUAGGAUCUACUGUAUAGGAGCGUAGGAUCUACUGUAUAGGAGCGUAGGAUCUACUGUAUAGGAGCGUAGGGUCUACUGUUUAGGAGCGUAGGAUCUACUGUUUAGGAGCGUAGGAUCUACUGUAUAGGA